AUGAUUGUAAGAUUAUUUUUCUUUUACAUUUUUUUCAUUCAAUAUCAAAUCGAACAAAUUCAUUGUGAAACUGUCAAUGGUUGUACGAUAAAUAAUAAUAAUCGAAGAUCAAUAUCAUCAAAUAAAACAUCUGUCACACUUUCAUGUGAAAAUAAUGGAUAUAUCCUUGUACGAAAUUUAACAUUCGGUGUACAUAAAACAUUAUCAUCAACCUGUUCAUAUCAAUCAGGAGAUUGUACUACACAUACAACAUAUAUAGGAAUGGAAUGUAAUGGACUUACAAAAUGUAAUCUUGAUUUAAAUCCACAAUAUUUACAUAUAUGUAGUCAAUAUAGUGAUUAUAUGGUACUUGAUUAUUCAUGUUUACAAGGUGAAAGUUUAUCGAUUUGUGAUAAUCAUUUAAUAUCAACAACAUCCAAUGAUAUGAAUCAUCGUUUAUUUAUACGUAGUUUAAAUUAUCCAAAUGAAUAUGAUAAUUCAUUAAAUUGUUCAUGUGAAAUAAAGACAAAAAAAUCAAUUAUAAAAAUUCUUGAUUUUUCUCUUGAAGAACGUGAUGAAAUGAAUAUAUGUUCACGUGAUUAUUUACAAAUAGGUAAUCAAUCAUAUUGUGAUUCUUCAAUUAAUAAUACAUCGAUAAUUCUUAAUUCAUCAAUAUAUUUAACAUUUAAAACGAAUGAUGUUAUUACAAGAAAAGGUUUCUGGUUAAUGAUUGAUAGUGAACAAUCAAUUGAAGUUUCAUGUAAAAAUUCAUUUGAAUCUCCAUUUCCUACGACAACGCCAUUAAUAAUAGUUUCUUCUAUUAAUCUAUCAACAAAUUCAUUUAAUACAAUUAGAAAUUCUACAAUUUUACAAUCAACACGUCAUGAUAUACUUUCAUUAAUUCUUAAAUUAACGAUUAUUUUUGUCAUUGCUCUUUUUCUUUUAAAUCUUAUUUUAAUUAUUCUUUGUUGGAAACGAAAACGAUCGAAAGAAAGUAUUAAAUCUAAACUUAAUAAUACUCAUCGACCAUUUUCAUGUUCAAAACGUUUAUCAUCAUCUUCAUCGUCAUCAAUAACAUAUGGUGAAACACCAGUAUUAACAUCACUUGAUACUCAAAAACGACAAACAACAUCAACAACAACAACAGCAACAGGUACUUAUGAAGAUCCGAAUGAAUUUUUAACCUUACAACAUCAACAACAAAAAUUGGAACAUUCUCUUUAUCUACAAAAUCAACAUGAAACAAAAACAUUUUGUCCUAUUAUUUUACCAUCAUGUUCAACUAAUACUGGUUAUAAUCAAAUGAUUCAUUGUCAUUUUAAUAGUUCAUCUCAAACAUUUUAUCCACAUUAUCCAUUAGAUUCUCAACAUAUUUAUGAAACAAUACAAGAUGGAUAUUGUCCAUAUCAACGUUUAGCAGCUACACUUCGUCGUCAACAGCAACAACAACAACAACGAUGCACAUGUUCUUGUACAUAUAAUGAACAAAAUCUUGCGAUAGAAACUGAUGAACAUGAUAAAGAUCUAACUAUUGGAAAAAAUCCUGAAACACUAGUCUGA